UGGGUUCGGCCAGGGACGGUUGAACUGGAGCUCCAUUCAACACAUCAUACAUGAUGUGCCAUGUGUAUACAUGUGUCAUCUUGGUGCAUGGCUAUGGGUGAAACGAUUCGAGUCCGCAGCUUGGCAGUUCUUCGGGGCGCCACUCGAAAGCCAUGUUCCGUCAACGUCUGGUCAAGGUGAGUGCAGAGGCACGUGGAGCCUAUGACGCAGAGACCGGCAGGAUCGUGCAGAAGUUGGUGGCGCAGACAAUGCAGACCUUCAUUCGACGAAGUGAAGCCGCAGCGAUGCAGCGGAUGAAUCAUUGCUCACAGCAGGUCAACGUUGAUGAACCUUGUCGAAGGCAUGGUGGGGAAGCGCUUGUGGUCAAGGAAUUCCAAGCAAAAAUGGCUGAGCUGGGUUUUCCAGAUGGAGUAGGUGAUUCUUACGAUGGUGGCUAUGGAUUCCUUUGCCUUGAUUUGACUGCAAGCUGGGAGGAUUCAAGCUGUGAGGAUGCCAUCCACCUGCAGCCGACCCUUCCCAAAGGCAGUUGCGUCACAUGCCCCAUUUGUCAAGAUCAUAGACCUGCAGUGGCAUUGGUCCCUUGCGGCCACGUGGUGUGCAGAGAUUGCCGCUGCCAGAUCCGUCAAUGUCCUUUUUGCCGUGAGCCCGUUCACUCAUCCACUCGAUGCCUCUUCUUGGAUUGAAAGAACAUUAAAGAAACGGUCUGCGCCAAUGAGUCGUGGGCACGACACAGCAUGGUGUUGGGCAUGGCAUUUGGGACGGCCAGCCUUAGCACUUGUGAAGCCCUCGGUUCAUGGUCGGCGCGUGGAAUGGUGUCGGUUCAUCAAUGAUGAUCACGAUGCCCUGCAUGUUUUUCCCCCGAGCUUCGGGUCUGAAAUUUCGUUGAUCUGAUCUGCGAGACUGCUUGCCUUGUGGUCUUAGUAGAUGAUCUUAGACUUAACCUUGGCAACUCAGCCUGAAGGAUUAUUUUGCUUGAAGGCCCU